AUAGUUUGCCGAGAAGGGAAGCCUGAACUAUACUUAUCCUUGGAAAACUGACAUGCAACGAGCAAUUGCGAUGAGUAGCACCGAACCGUUUUGACGCUCGAGUAUGCGCUUUUACACUGCGAGAAAUUGUAUAAAAGUAGCUUAUAACUCGAUUUUUAACGCUCGUUUAAAGCCAGCCGUCGGAACAAUGUCUGAACGGAAGAUCCAUACUUGCAGUGAGUGUAACAAGCCGAGAGAAGAUAUUAGACGGUCACGUAACAGUGCACAGUGUUGUUGUAGUUGUAAACCAGAGAAAUAUGACUACGUCGAAGAUGUGGUAUGCAAGGAGUCGGACAUAAAAGAGAAUGAAAUGAAACUGCUACCCAUCGGGGAAGACGGAGGGAAAAUUCUAUUGAUCAAGCAGAAGGGAGAACUGCAUGCCAUCGGGACGAAAUGCACGCAUUACGGUGCUCUGCUCAGUACCGGAGCGUUGGGAGACGGGCGAGUAAGAUGCCCCUGGCACGGUGCCUGUUUCAAUAUAAAAACGGGAGACAUAGAAGAUUAUCCAGGAUUGGAUUCUCUGCCCUGCUACCAAGUAAAAGUGGACGACAGCGGCCUUGUGCGUGUUAAGGCGAAGCGUAAAGAUCUGGACUUCAACAGAAGGCUCAAGAAGAUGUACGAACCGGAUUCCGAGGACAAAACUACCGUUGUGAUAGUCGGCGGUGGGCCAGCAGCCGCAGUUUGCGCGGAAAGCUUGAGGCAAGAAGCGUUUAAGGGAAACAUCGUGAUGAUCUGCAAAGAGAACAGUGUACCUUACGACAGGAUAAAGGUAUCGAAGAUCUUCGACUUAAACAUGGACAAAGAAGUGCUGAGGCCGCCGUCGUUCUACAAGGACAAUAAGAUCGAGAUCAAAGUGGGCGUAGAAGCAACGGGAUUGAAUACGGAUGAGAACGUCGUUCAACUGAGCAACAACGAGAAAUUGAAUUACAACUACUUGUUCAUCUGUACUGGCAGUAAACCGAGAGUGCCAGACAUACCUGGCGUCAAUCUAUCCAACGUCCAUGUAAUGAGAAAUUACACAGAUUCCCACGCGAUAAACGAACAAUUGUCACCGGAGAAGCAUGUCGUGAUUCUCGGGUUCGGGUUUAUUGGCAUGGAGGCUGCCGCUACUUGCCUAGAUAAGUGCGGAUCUGUUACUAUAGUAGGGAGAGGUAGUGUACCUUUGCAGCCAGUUUUCGGAACGGACAUCGGUAACAGGAUCAAGCGAAUGUUCGAAGAAAAAGGCGUCAAAUUUAUGUUCGACUGUAACAUCACGCAGUUCGUCGCGAAGGAAGGUGAACCGAACAACGUAGGUUCAGUCGUACUCACUAACGGGGAAGUUCUUCCUGCCGAUAUAGUGAUCAUGGGAAUUGGAUCCACGUUUUAUACGGACUGGUUGAAGGACUCUCCGUUAGAAAUCUUGAGAGACGGCAGUAUCAAAGUCGAUAACUACUUGAAGACGAACGUGGCGAACGUGUACGCCGGUGGCGAUAUAGCGUACGCACCGGUGUACGGUUCUAAUGAUUCGGCCGCGAUCGGCCAUUACUCGUUGGCGCAUUACCACGGUAAAAUGGCAGCAUUGAACAUAAGUGGCAAGAAAACAGCCAUGAAUGCCGUACCGUACUUUUGGACUAUGCUUUUUGGAAAGGGAUACCGAUACGCCGGACACGGGAGACCGGACAAAAUAAGGAUGUACGGUUCCUUGGAAAACCAGGAAUAUUUCGCGGUCUACAUAAAGGACGGUAAAGUCAUCGCGGUAAGUAGCGCCGGAGCAGAUCCGAUUGUAUCGGAUUUCGCGAAUCUACUUUACGAAGGAAGGACGGUGACGGAAUCUGAGCUCAAUGAAGACCCGUUCGGUUGGAUAAAAAAUAAACCGAAAGACUUUCAUCGAUUUCAAACUGAAUCUAUACUAAAACCCUGAGACAGGAAUGGCCGCAAUGGAAAUCGUAGACGAGCAAAGUUUCGUAUUAGUAUACUCACGCUAUGUAUCGAUUUGUGAUUGUACAAUUUGUAUUAUUGCAUAUUUUGUUAAUCUAUUUUUAUUAUUAUUAUUAUUAUUAAAAGAAAAUGAAAUGAAAAGUUUAUAUUACACGUGAUUGUAUCAUU